GGUUUCACGCGAAUCACGCCUUCAAAACACACACGCACGCACACACACCCACACACACGCACGCACACACACUCGCAAUCAUUCGGCCAUUAAAGCCUCAGGACCAGAAUUCUGGAGAGAGGACCGUGCGCGUGCUUCACUGCAUUGCUUUUCCCGACCCAUUUUAUUAAAGACAUGGGUUUCCAUCAGUCUGUCGGAUGGAUGGCUGGGAAUGCUGAUAUAUGCAUUAUUGCAGAAGAGGUGUGUUGUGUGGAUAUCUGGCGUCUGUUUUCAUGCUCAGCUUCUUUCUGAAGCGCUUCAGGGAAAGUUUUAUAACUUCCCACCUGUGCCACAUUACAAGAAAGAAAUUUCCGAUGAAGACAUCAGUAAUGGAUCUUAAAGUGGAACAUAUGGACAUUGACUACAAGCACCCGCCUUCUCUGCAGGUGUUUGCACACACCUCGACUCUGCACGGCAUCUCUCACAUUUUCUCCUAUGACAAGAUUACGGCCAAAUGCUGCCUGUGGGUGGUUUUUUUCCUAAGCUCUUUGACUUUCCUGCUGUACGUCUGCAUCGAUCGCAUUCAGUUCUACCUGGAAUACCCCCACGUCACCAAGCUAGACGAAAUCUCCACUCCCGUCAUGGUCUUCCCUGCUGUGACGAUUUGCAAUCUGAACUCCAUCCGCUUCAGCAGAAUCACACGCAAUGACCUGUACCACGCAGGGGAGCUGCUGGCUCUGCUGAACUCGAGAUCUGAGAUUCGUGACGCUCCUCUCGUUGAUGAAAGCGUGAUGGAGGUUCUUAAGAACAAAGCAGAUUUUCGCAUCUUCAAACCACGGCCCUUCAACAUGUGGGAGUUUUAUAACAGAACGGGACAUGACAUCACAGAAAUGCUCAUGUCCUGCCAGUUCAGAGGUGCGCCGUGUCAACCUGAAGACUUCAGUGUGGUUUUUACACGUUAUGGAAAGUGUUACACGUUUAACUCGGGUGAAAUCCGGCCUCCGCUGAUCAGUGUUAAAGGAGGCAUGGGAAACGGACUGGAGAUCAUGCUGGACAUUCAGCAGGAUGAAUAUUUACCUGUGUGGGGAGAGACAGAUUCAUCGUUUGAGGCAGGAAUCAAAGUUCAGAUUCACAGUCAAGAUGAACCUGCGUUCAUCGAUCAGCUGGGGUUUGGUGUUGCACCAGGAUUCCAGACAUUCGUAUCUUGCCAGGAGCAGCGAUUGAUGUAUCUGCCUGCUCCGUGGGGAAGCUGUAAGUCCAGUCCACCGAGCUCAGAUUACUUCAGGGCGUACAGCAUCAGCGCCUGCCGUACGGACUGCGAGACGCGCUACCUGGUGGAAAACUGCAACUGUCGCAUGGUGCAUAUGCCUGGUGAUGCACAGUACUGCACCCCUAUGCAAUAUAAGGAAUGUGCACAUCCUGCACUUGAUUUCCUGGUUAAAACAGACAGCGACUACUGCACAUGCGAGACUCCGUGUAACAUCACUCGCUAUAAUAAAGAGUUGUCUUUCGUCAAGAUCCCCAGCAAAGCAUCGGUCAAAUACCUUGCCAAGAAAUACAGCAAAUCUGAAAAAUAUAUAGCUGAGAACGUUCUGGUUCUGGAUGUGUUCUUUGAAGCUCUAAACUAUGAAACCAUUGAACAAAGGAAGGCCUAUGAGGUGGCAGGUCUGUUGGGUGAUAUUGGAGGACAGAUGGGGCUUUUCAUUGGAGCGAGUAUUCUCACAAUUUUGGAGCUUUUUGACUACCUUUAUGAGGUAAUGAAAUACAGGUUAUGUCGUUGUUCUCACAAGAAGCAUCAGAAUAACAGUAACACUGAUCAUGGGACAGUUCUCGGCCUGGAUGAUGUCAAAUGUCACGUUGGAAAAUUUCAUUAACAUUCCUGCGAUUUUCCAGCUGUUCGCCUGCCACACACACACACAGAUUAUGUUUUGCAUACACCAGAUUUAGCAUGGUUCUGUCUGGAAUCAUACUUUCUUUAACUUUUCUAAAAGUUUGUAAAAUAUUUUGUGGUUUUUCGAACAAGCUGUUUAUGAUGUCGCUUUUAUUGUCGAAACAUGAAUAUGGCUCUUUUGUGUGCCAGGGCAUCAGAUGGAAAUGCAUCAGCCGGCUUGAGGAUUUACUUAAUGUCAGAUAUUAUAUAUUAGCAUCGUAAUGGAUAUGAUAUGGCUGUGAAUGCAAUGUGACAGACAAAUCAUUUCAGAGUGUGAACUAUUGUACAAAUGCCUAUAUAGUAGGUCUUGGAGGCAUCUAUGAUAUGAGCAUGAUAUCAUCAGCCUGUGUCACUUCAGAAAGUCCAACCGUAGAUAUACCCAAUGGAGUGCAUGCAAAGUCUCCAAGACUUUCUGUAUGUAUGCAACAUCACGUUUGUUGCUGAAGGUGGUGUGUUUGUGUGUGCACGUGUAUAGGAGCAUGCAUGUGCGUAUGUGUGUUGUUUGCAUGUUUGUAUAAGUGUCUGUCGGGUGCCAUUCUGUCCUUUGGCUGUGUGGAAGAGAGAAAGCUUGCACAUGCAUGUGUCUGUUUGUAUGAGUGUUUUUGUGCAUGUAUAUAUUACAUGUGAUAUUAAUGGGAAGGAUGGGCAAAGGUUGAACCAACAGGGUGUUGAUUAUUUUUUUCAAGGUAAAGUAUUGUGGUGAUAUAUUAUUAUAAGUCAAAUACCAGCUGAUGGAAUGUAGUGUUUUCUGCAUUUUGUUGUGAAGUUUAUGGCUAUGUUCUUAUGUCUGAUUUAAAUGGGUUCGGCUAUUUUAUAUGCACUGACAGAAAAAAUGUCAAAAUAUGUAUCCCAGCUGUCACGGUAUCCUUUAAAAAGGUCCUAUUUUGUACCAUUAGGUAAAUAUAUGUAUUAAUUUGGUACAAAUGUGCAACUCUGAUACUACUUAAACUUUUUAGGAACAAAUCUGAACUGUUUUAAAGGGUACCCAGUGAGAGUUGGGGUACAUAUUUUGACCAAUGUUUUUUCUGACUGUAUACAAAAGCUGUCACUAGGGUGGUACCUCUUCCAAAAAGUACACCUUUGCACAUUUAGGAGGUAUAUUAGUACCUCAAAGAUGCAAAUCUCUACAUAAAUGUUACAUAUUAUGCCUUUUUGAAAGGGUACCAUUCCAGUAACAGCUUUUUUACUUUUUCUGACAUUGUAGUGUGGUCUUUUUUUCAUUAAAUUCCCAAAUUUAGUUAAUUUAAAAAUAAUUAUUUUUAAAAAAGCAGCAACAUUCAAAUAUGUAAAUUAAAUGUUUAUAAUAUACAUUUCUGUAUUGUUUUGAUGUUUAUCAUGGGGCUGUAGUAAAAUAUGAUUUUUUUUAUAAAUAAACAUGCAUAAGAUUAUGCCUUACAUUGA